AUGGUGGACUGCGUCUGGGACGGGCGCCGGUUCCGCGUGGCCCGGCUGCGCCACACUUGCGCGCCCUGCCUGCCUGUCGCACAGCCUGUGAAACGGUGGUACGAGCAGGUGCCGGACGCGUCUCGGCUCAUCCGCCCACGCUGGAGGCUCGGCCGGCUGGAGGGGCGCCGAGGGCGGGUCCCCCGCGCCCACAGCGGGAGCCGCGGCGGCGACUCGCAGGCCACGAGCCUGACGCUCGACUUGGCCCCAGAUGUCUUCACCAUGCGGGUGUUGCUGGAGGAGACCGGGGAGAUGUUCCGAGUGACAAAUUGCCGCGCGGACACGACCGUGCUGGAGCUCAAAAAGGAGUUGGACCUGGCCACGAGCCUGACGCUCGACUUGGCCCCAGAUGUCUUCACCAUGCGGGUGUUGCUGGAGGAGACCGGGGAGAUGUUCCGAGUGACAAAUUGCCGCGCGGACACGACCGUGCUGGAGCUCAAAAAGGAGUUGGACCUGGUAGCCGGCAUCCCCUUGAACCUCCAGCGGCUCCACUACCUGGACCAAGGCAUUUUGAUGGAUGACACCACACUGAAGUUCCAUGAUGUCGUUCCUGGCGGGAUUAUUUCGUUGUGUGUCUGGCAUUACGAUGGAUGGAUGGAGCUGGUUUUGGCGGCUGUGGAAGGGGAUCCCAGUAAGCUGUUCUGCCUCGGCGUCACCGAAGAGUCUUUCUACCGAACUGCCAACUCGCAGCACCUCGAGGAGAAGCAGCGGAAGAGAUGGGUGUCUCAGAGAGCAGCCGUGGCGCUGUAUGUCACCUCGCACAGAGGGCACGCGGAGGCCGUGCAGUACCUUCUAGAAAACGGGGCCAACUGUCUCAGCAGAACCCCCAUGGGAAGGACACCCCUGCACGUGGCUGCGGCCAUGGGCCGGCUGGACUGUAUAAACCUGCUGCUCAGACACGGGGCCGCCAUCAGCGCCAAGGAUGCCAUGGGGAUGACCCCCAUGGCCAUUUUUUUUUAG